AUGGACAUUCGAACCACAGCCACCACUCUCCAUCCAGCCGAUGAAGAUCAAAUCCUCAUUGGUAGUAGUAGUACUAGUAUUGGUGCUGCCGUUGAAGGUAUUCAAAAGACAAUUGAAUCAACAGCAAGUGUGAUUGGAGAAGAAAUUAGUGGUAGUGAAUUUGAAACGAGUCAUGCUCAGCAAGAGUACUACCUCAUGAGUGAAGAUCUUCAAGAGGAAAUAACAACAACACCUAAAAGUACUAGUAGUAGCAGUACUAUUGUUGGAGGUGCUGGUGCUGAUAAGAAGAAGAAGGAAUUUGAUUCUGACUUUACCCCAUUCAAACCCAUUCAUUCGUUGAGAUUCUUUGGUACCAUUCUUCUCACUUACUAUCUUUGGAUUGUCACCAUUUUUCAUCAUGGUCAAUUCAUUUAUCCUCAUUCACUCUCAACCAUCUAUCCAUUUGUAAAGGACCAAUUGUUAAAACCCAUUCUCAUGUAUGCUCUUCCUAGUGAUUACACUUGUAUAUGGAUGUAUUCAUUAAUGAUGUUAUGGUGUGGAUUGCAGACCAUUCUUGCCACCACUUGUUCACCUUCCUAUCACAUGUAUCAUUCCUUUGUGAUGAAUAUAUUUAUGGUUUUCAUGUUGAGUGUGACUCAUCUAUUACCAUUAGUGGAAUGGUAUGAACAUUUCAUUGCAUUGUUUACUUGUUCAUUGGUAGGAGGAUGGAUCCUUACACUUUUAUCAAAGACGAGUGGUACAAUGACUACCACCAUGAUGACCAAUUCGAACACUACUCUUCCCACAAGCACUACUACUACUACUACUACUAGUAUUACCUCUCGAAUUUCACUUCCAUCCAUUGAUAUGGGUUACAAUUUAUGGUUCAUUCUCUCAUUGAGUGUGUUGGCUAAACAAUUUGAAUUGUAUGAAUAUAUCUCCUAUACUGUAGCAUGUCAAUGGAUUGCCACAUUCCUUAUUUGUAAUUACAUGAUUCAACUCUAUAUGAAUAGUAGUGUCAUGGGUGCCUAUGAUGGUGAAAAUGAUUGGAUGGAUGUCUUGGAUAAGAGUGUGGUAUUACCAUUCUUUAAUACGAUACCAUUGAUUUAUCAAAUGCAUCAAGGAGGAGGAGGACAGGACUUGUCAACUCAUUCUACUACUACUACUAUUCCAACAACAACUACUACUUUUGGUAUUCUUGGAGGUAGUAGUGAUGGUGGUCAAGUAUUCCCUCUUCUACCCAUUACUCUCUUCUUGUUAGGUUACUAUAUUUGGAGUAUUUCCAAUACUCAAUACAUGUAUUUCAAACAAGAGUAUUACUUUCAUGGAACAGAACAGAAUCGUCCCAUUUCAUCCUUCCCAUACUUUUUAUUGAGCAAGACUCUCACUCCUCGUGUAGUGAGUUCUCGAGAUGGUUCUUAUAUUUUAGCAGAUAGUGGAUGGUUAUUGUGUCGAAAUAUUGAUUUGAGUGGUGAAUUGUUGAUGGUAUGGUCACUCUUUUUAUUGAAUGUGUGGUAUGGAGGAAGUGGAACUUGUUUAUUCAUUCCACUCUUGUAUGCCAUGAUGAAUACAUUGGAUAUUAUUACGACAGAGAGAAAUAGACAUUUGUACUAUUCGAGACAAUAUGCACAAGAUUGGACACGAUAUUGUAUUAUGGUUCCCUACAGUUUGGUACCCUUUGUGUAUUGA